GCCCCGCCCCCUCAUAGUGCGUCCCGGGCUGCAGAGUCGCUAGGAGUAGAGCGCGGAGGCUGAACGGGAGCCUGAGCACCACCUAGCACCGACACCGGGAGCAGCCUGACCUACCAGAGCUACAACCUCAAAGCGGUACUUGACUUACCCGUCCCGUAACAGAAUGGCGGACCGGGAACAGCUGUUGCAGAGAGCACGUUUGGCGGAGCAAGCUGAGAGAUAUGAAGAUAUGGCGGCAGCUAUGAGAGCGGUCACCGAACAUAACGAGCCCCUCUCCAAUGAAGAUCGUAACCUGCUAUCCGUAGCAUACAAGAAUGUAGUGGGUGCUCGUAGGUCCUCUUGGCGUGUCAUCAGUAGCAUUGAACAGAAGACAUUUCCAGAUGGUAAUGAGAAGAAGCUGGAGAAAGUGAAAGCGUACAGAGAGAAGAUAGAGGCUGAGCUUGAAGGUGUGUGCAAUGAAGUGUUGUCUCUUCUUGACAAGUUCCUCAUUAAAAAUUGCAACGAUUUUCAAUACGAGAGCAAAGUUUUCUACCUGAAGAUGAAGGGUGAUUAUUACCGUUACCUGUCAGAGGUUGCCUCAGGGGAGAGGAAGAGAACCGUAACAGAGUCGUCUGAGGCUUCAUAUAAGGAGGCCUUUGAAAUUAGCAAGGAGCACAUGCAGCCCACUCAUCCGAUUCGGCUUGGCCUGGCCCUCAACUUUUCUGUCUUCUACUAUGAAAUACAGGGUGCACCAGAGCAGGCCUGUCUUCUGGCCAAGCAGGCCUUCGAUGACGCCAUUGCUGAGCUAGACACGCUUAAUGAAGACUCCUACAAGGACUCCACCCUCAUCAUGCAGCUUCUACGAGACAACCUGACCCUGUGGACAAGUGACCAGCAGGAUGAAGAGACCGGAGAAGGCAACAAUUAGAGGGUUCUGCGUCUUGCUGCUGCCCGUAACUUACCCACUCCCCAUCACAACCUGCCACCUACACCGCUCCUGACAUGUCCCUGUGCUUAUCAUAUCCGUAUCAUUGGCACAACUGCUCAUAUUGCUGCCUACCCGGGGAGACGGGUUCUUGCGGCGUCCUCAUGGGCAUUGCUGGGUUGAGUUGGCACCUCAGCAGUUUCUCUGGUUACCUUUGCUCUGCGCGGUGGAGGCAAGAAAGCUGCAGUUUGAGAGAGGCGCCCGCACACUCCUUAUCGAUGGGGCACGUACGGGCUGGAAUGAUGCAAAGUGGUCCCGUUUUAUUCCGUUAAACUCUUUUAAGUUUCAAUUUGUGCAGCGUUCCCUGUGCAUGUAAAAAAAACUCCCCACUUCUCUAAAUCUACCCCGUCCCCCCAGCCAGGUUCCGUGAAGUAGGAUUCUCCGCAGUUCAGGCUGUGACUGAUGGUGAACUCAGCGAGGUGGUUGGGGGGUACCUAUUUUGUUGGCUUACAAUAGACGUUUUAAAUGUGGGCUUUGUGAAUUUUUAUGUUUGCCCUUAAAUUAUGGUGUGAUUUAAUUCUGCCACCUUAUGGGUUUAAUGCUCUGCAAGUUAUUUUAUUAUUUUUCUUGUUCCGCUACAUUUUUGAGGGCUCUAUUAUUUGAUUGUACGCAAUGUGUUAGUCAGUUUUUGUUAGAUCUGACUGCACCUACAACAGUGUGUAUUUGCCUGUUACGAUGGAUAAGAAUUAUGUGGAUUAAAUAAAUGCUGCUUUGAGGAUAUGA